UAGAUCGACUGUAGCCAAUAGCGAGUGUGGGAGGGCGGAGUGUGUGAAGGUUGAUUGAGAGCUCAGUAUCAGUAACCGUGUGCUCUUACUGCCGCCAGUCCGAUGUUUUACAGACUGCCAAAAAUGCGUUUUUAACACCGUCAGCUGUCGCUGGCGUCUUACUGGAACAGCGAGCGCGCUUAUGUUAUUUCUCGUGGACAUAACUGAGUUGAAGAGGAACCUGCUGUUUGGACGUUGCAGGUGCCGUUCACUUAACUGCAGCUGUACGACCAUCACUUUUGACUUUAUCCAGUCAGGAUGAAGGCACGGCUUGGUCGCGAUAAACAUGUAUCUGAAACGGUGAAUGUCCGCUGAUUCGUUUCGUGACUUUCAAGCGCCGGUUUUGAAUUAGCGGAAAGCAAAGGAAGGAUAAGCAGAGAGGAACUACACGGACCGAAGGAGGGAGUCUUUCCUUCCCCGUGUGAGUUGCCUCUCCUCCGGCGAGAGAAGCCCGUGUGCAGGCGGAGCCACGGACGAGCAGCAGAGCGCUGAAAUGAGAUGAGGCUCAGAAAUGGAACUCUUGCCACUGCAGUUAUUUUCUUCACCUCUUUUCUCAGUCUGUCUUGGUACACGGCCUGGCAAAAUGGAAAGGAGAAGUUGGUAGCAUAUCAGCGGGAGUUUCAUGCUCUGCGGGAGCGGUUGCGUGUGGCAGAGCAUCGCACCCUGCAGCGUUCCUCUGAGCUGAAUAACAUCCUCGAACAGUUCCGCCGCGCCAUCGCAGAGACCAACGGCAGCAAGGAUGCUCUCACCAACUUCUCAGAUGAAACCCAGAAGCUGUUGAAGGAGCUGGCUCACAGGAAGCCUCUCCAAGUGCCAAACAUCUACCACCACUUACCGCACCUGCUUAACAAUGAGGGCAGCCUGCACCCUGCAGUCCAGGUGGGCCAGGGACGCACUGGAGUUUCCAUGGUGAUGGGGAUUCCUACAGUGAAGCGGAAAGUGAAGUCAUACCUGUCAGAGACGUUGCAUUCGCUCAUUGAUAAACUAUCACCUGAAGAGAAGCUUGACUGUGUGAUCAUAGUCUUCAUAGGGGAGACGGAUUUAGAUUAUGUGCACAGUGUGGUCUCAAGCCUUGAGAAAGAAUUUUCCACAGAGCUGAAUUCAGGACUGUUGGAGGUCAUCUCUCCUCCUGCCAGUUACUAUCCAGACCUUAACAACCUGAAGGAGACUUUUGGAGACUCCAAAGAGAGAGUGAAAUGGCGGACCAAGCAGAACUUGGACUAUUCUUUCCUCAUGAUGUAUGCAGUCAGCAAAGGAGUUUAUUAUGUCCAGUUGGAGGAUGAUAUUGUUGCAAAGCCCAACUACUUUGCUACUAUGAAGAACUUUGCCCUGCAGCUGGCCUCUGAAGACUGGAUGAUCUUGGAGUUCUCCCAACUAGGCUUCAUUGGUAAGAUGUUUCAAGCUCCUGAUCUGAAUCUUAUAGUGGAGUUCAUAUUUAUGUUCUACAAGGAGAAGCCUAUAGACUGGUUGUUGGACCACAUUCUCUGGGUGAAAGUUUGCAAUCCAGAGAAAGAUGCUAAACACUGUGAGAGACAGAAGUCCAGUCUACGUAUCCGCUUCAGACCCUCUUUAUUUCAGCAUGUCGGCCUGCAUUCCUCCCUGGCAGGGAAAAUUCAGAAACUUACGGAUAAGGACUUCCUGAAGCCGCUGCUGCAUAAAAUCCAUGUGAACCCGCCGGCAGAGGUGUCCACUUCCCUUAAGGUCUACCAGGGCCAUACACUGGAAAAAGCUUACAUGGGAGAGGAUUUCUUCUGGGCCAUCACCCCUAUGGCAGGAGACUAUGUGCUGUUCAAAUUUGAUCGUCCAGUCAGCAUUGAGAAGUUCUUGUUCCGCAGUGGUAAUCAGGAGCACCCAGGCGACAAAAUUGAGAACACUACAGUAGAAAUUUUGCCCUUCUCGGAUACGGCACUGAAGACCAAAGAGAAAUACAAACGGACAGAUGACCAUUUCUACAGAAUUGCUGAGUUUGAAAAAGGAACAGCUGAGGGCACAGUUGACCCUGCCUUUAACCCAGUGGCUGCUGUACGUCUCACUGUCCUAAAGGACUCUGCUGUGUGGGCUAUUAUCAGUGAGAUCCACAUAAAGAGAGUUGCUGGAUAAAGGUGUGUAAACCUGCACUGGUGGUGGUCCCACAAGGCCCAGCUGUGCUGUAUAAGCUCUUGCAGCAUUCCAAAAUAACAGUGACACCAUCACAGCGCAUGGACGCUACCAAUCACAGUGUCACUCUAAGGAUUGCUGGUUUUUACAAACUCUUCAUCCCUUUUUCUUUCUCUUUUUCGUUGCCUCCUUUUCUCCCUCCUGUUUCUCGCUCGCAUGUUCUCUUUUGUUACUGUCCACUCUGUUCUUUUCCCUUUGAGGAUUUCAUUUUGUUAGGUCAUCUUUUUGUCUUCUGUCUGUCAAUGUGAAUACUACUGUAUAAGAAAAGGUUUUCAGAAGGAACAAGGAAACUGAAUUUAAUGCCUUGAGGAUUUGCAAUCAGUGCCAUCACGAAGGUUUGACAUCAGGAUUGUGUGCUAAUGCUGGAGAGAAGGUGACGGCCCUUACCGAACGAGAAUGUUAUGAGUACUGUAUCAUUAUGGACUAUAAAUGACUUUGACCGUGGGUCAAAUAAGUGCUUUAUACUUUACACAAAGUUAUCAGAAGAGAAAUCAUUUGAAAUAUUUUGUGUUAAAGAAAAAGUUACUUCGGUUGGUCUUGUUUUUCACCUCUCACGUUUAAGUGCCAGGGCAUGGCACGCUGUUUAAACUUAUUUAUGUCCAUGAAACAGUUUGUUGUAAAGACUACUUUGCCAAAAUAUUUCUUGAAACAACUUUCUAAAGAAUAGAAACCGUACUGCAGAACCCUCCUUCUAUAACAGGAAAGGCCUUUCUUCCCUUCAGUGUCUUUUGACGUAAACCAAUCAACCAUGGCCUUUCAACCGAAGGGAUAUACGUAUAUAUUACUAUUAUUAUUUAGACGAUCUAUGAAGGUGAAUUUAACUUAUUUGAAAUAAAUCUUUAAUUUGUACAAGAGAGAAUUUUUUAUUUUUUAUGCUGUGAAAAGUAAAAAAGUGCAGGAGAAGUAAAUAUUUGAUUUGAUAAAUAUUUGGAGUAAAUACUUGCUUUUUAGUGAUUGUGGCUUAAAGAAUCUGGUUCAAGUUUUUUUUUUUUGUGUGUGUGUGUGUGUGUGUGUGUGUGUGUGUGUGUGUGUGUGUGUGUGUGUGUGUGUGUGUGUGUGUGUGUGUGUGUGUGUAUAGUUCCAAUGGGUGCAGGUCCCCCACAUUUGUGCCUUAAUGUCCAGUAUCCCCUAGGGGACUGGAAAGGGACUGCCUCUACGUGUCAAAGCCCCUGUGUCACACAGGACUAACUUAUAUAAGAAGUUUCCAGGGCAGUCUUUAAGGAUUCAUAUUCAGACCACUUUUUUUGCUCACCAUCAAACCUCAACCAGAUAAUCCAUGGCUAUAAUAUGCUGGUUACAUGGCCCAGGUUUGUUGUGAACUAUAACAAUGACCUAGAUGAGCUGAGGAUUCCUAAAGACUGAAUCUAUAAGCAGCACACUUGAAAAGAUGGUUCUUCAAGGGCUCUUUAAAAAAGAAAAUCAUUCUAUAUAGAACCACGAACUCGCAAAAUCUCUUUCCAUGAUAAAAGGGUUCUUUGCAUCAUCAAAGGGUCAUCAGAUUGAUGGAGAAUGUGCUGUAGAUGGUUCUAUAUAGAACUUUUUUGAAAAGAGUACCAAAAGGUGUUCUUUGAGUGAGUGUUCAAGGUUCUAUAUAGAACCAUUUUCUUUACUAAAGAACCAUUAAAGAACCACAUUUUUAAGAGUGUAGUUCCCAGCCCCAGUACUGGUAACCCACUGUUCAGCUUUUAACUUGGCCAUAGAUGAGCUGUUUCUGGCUUUAACAGCUUGAUUCCGCUUGAAGAUGAAAGGCUGUGUUGAAUCAGGGGCAGUUAAACUGUGGAGACUGGUGAAAAUCCAGAUUGAGAUUGGAAACUGCUAACUAAACUUCUUUUUAAUUUGGUUGACAAGUUCCUGUUCAGAGCAUGCUAUGUUUUUCCUAAAGGGGAAUUCCAAAGAUUUUUCAAAAAUUCUGCAAAAUUCAAUUGUUGAUGUAAACAGUCACUUAGAGUAGUUUGUUGUAGAGAAACAUACUGACUCAGUGGUGCUGAUAGGAAGCAGAGAUUGUGAUGUCUACAACACAAGUACCCGUGAACCAACACGUCUUUUGAGACUACUUUGCUUUACAACACCCUGCAUAAAUCGCUCCAUGAAUGUUUUUUUAAAAGUACUUUCAGAAUCAUUAAACACUUUAGAGAUCUGGUUCCUUUCACUGCCACUUAAACAUCUGGGACUCUUAAGUUUCUCUAGGAUGGUGCAUUUCUCAUCAAACUACUCUGAAUUCCUUUAAUUACAUCUUAAUGAUUUAAUUAUGCAGACAUUUUGAAAAAUCUGUGGAAUUCCCCUUACGGCCCAACAGGUCAAAGGAAUACAUGUGUCUGUUUGCUCCAAGAACUGGCUAUUGAAAUACAUUUUCAUUGUCCAUUUUGAACAGUCCACUGGCAUGUUGUCUGUCAAAUACUCCUGUAUCAUUGCUAUUUGAUGUCUCCUUACUGUGUUCAGUGCUGUACAAUAGCUGGCUCUGGGUGUGACCUGCCUUUAAAUUUAUUAUAUUAGGCUGGCUAUGGACAGGACAUAAUGCAAAAACCAUAGAAUUCUGAAUAGCUGAUAAAUGACUUUUGGUACUUCACAGUGAAAAAUGAAUUAAUCUACUGUUGUGUGUGUGUGUGAGCACUGAGUGACUGUAGUGAAGUGAGUAGCAGCACAAUUUUGUGCCAUUUUAAUUAGAAUAUCUUUAGAAAUUUUUGGUCUGUUUGAAUUCUAUGGUUUUUGACUUUCAGGUUUGUCAGUGUAACUGGCUGAGAAGGAGGCUGGGUAACUACUGUACAUAUUUCCCAAGUGCACUCAUCUCAUUUGAUUGUAUAUAUCUUUUAGAAGGUUCCUAGAAAUGUGAGUUGACCUUGCAAAAUCAUGCCAUUAUAUGACCAUUUACUGUAUGCACAUUUAGCAUGUCAAGCAGAGAAAGACAUUCUGUGCAUAUCACUUUCAAUUACAUAUCAUCUAUGAGGGGAUGAAUUUGAACAGGGGAAAUCUAGAAAUGUUUGUUGAAUAAAUGUCAAGAUAUAUGUUUACAUGUUCUUAAAGAUUCUGAUUUUGAAUUCAGAACAACACUCAGAUCUUCAAACGAGCACCUGUAUUGCUACCUGUAUUGGCAUACUCUGAGAAUGGCUGAUCAUUUUGUUUCCAUUUUUGACAUGAAUUCUGCUAUGAACAAACUGGACUAGCGGAGACAUGGUAUGAAAUCCAACUGGCUAGCAGAGGUUAGAGUUCAUACUAUUUUUAUCCUCCAUAAUGCCUGAAUUAUGCAUCAUGACAGAAGAGGAUGAGGCUUAAAUCUUCAGAAAGCUGACCAUUUCUUUCUGAACUAUCUGCCCUUUAGUCUUUUUAAACCCCCUCCUCCCCAUAGUAAGAUUCCCCCUGUCUAGUGCAUCCCAGCCUUUCAUGUGCCUUCAUCUGUGCAUCUGUUUCCAGCUGACAUUGAUUUGAAUGGAGAGUACAGAAAUAAAUCAAAUUUGACAUUCA